AUGAGCUUGAAUCCUAUCCAAGAAAUGGGCGAAUCACCUCAUUCAACUCCGGCAUAUAAUUCUUUAAGCACUUCUUCUACGUCCUCAACUUCUUCACUUUCACAUCAUCAUCAAGCUCCUAUUAGUACAAGCUUGCCCUCAUUUUCUUACGCCUCCACAUAUACUGCUCCGAUUAUUCAAGCAAGUGGUACCAUUACUACGGCCACUCCAAUGUCGACUGAUUCAACAUG